UGUUAAUUUACAACAAUACUGAGGUGCAAAUAGUAUGUAUCUGCCAGUAUAGAAAAUAAAUAGCAUCUAAUUACUAUUUACACUUUUUGCAAAUAACUGCUACUUUUAGCCUACAUGGUAAAUAGAACAUAAUUUGCAAAAAAAAAAAAAAAAAGCACUUAAAUUAUUAUUUUAUUUCUUCCCUUUUUGCAUAUGGGAUACCAUGGAAAUGAAUAUUAGUUCAAUAACUUACCGUUCUGCCAGUUUUCACCUUUGAUAUUAUAACAGUGAUAAGAAUUAAACUUGCAUUGACUCAGCAGUAUGCGGACGUCAUUUUGUCACGUGGUGAAUCGUAAUAUCGGAGCUCAAUUGAUGAUGGCUUUUCAUAGUCGCGCUUAACUCAACCUACUCAGAGUCGAUUGAACUAACUCAGUUCAGCUGUUCUGAAACAAAACUCAGAGUUUCCCAUUUCAGAGUAAGUCAAUUCAGAGUUCAAGUUUUAACUCAGAGUUGGUUGAACCUCCUUAUUGAAACGAGCCCCUGGUCUGCUUAGUGUUCAGAUUGGCAUUUUUAUCACCAAACCAAAAAAUACCGAACCUAAAGGUAACAUGGAUAUGUUCACAACCUGAUUGGUUGGCGUUUAUGACGUAUUGCCUAUUUUGAAAUGAAACUUACCAAACAUCCAAAACAAUGCUGUGUGCUGGGCUAAAUGCGCUCGUUGUAUGUGUGUAGCCUACAUGUGAUGGUAUUUUGACCAGCUGAGAGCUCGUGAAGAGCUUAUAAAAUGAGCUUAUAAAAACAGCGGCAGGAAUCCCUCCAUCACACACACAAAUGAUUUGCUGUGAGGAGAUGCAGUUCUGACGCCUGAGAUGGGCAACAUCACCAAUGAAAACCCGAUAUGUGUUAGCAUUCGGCCCUUUUUAGGGUCUCAUCUUCCUGUUUUUGCUUUGUUUACAUGUGUUUGGUCCAUGUUGUGUUCAUAUAUCAUUCGAACAGCACCAGAGUUUGUUUGGAAGCGGACCAAGACCAAGGUCGUCUGAUAAUCAGGGUUGUCUUAUAUUCGGAACAAUACGAUACUUAUAAUGGGUUAAAUACAGAGGACAAAUUCAGAGUAUGGGUUUCCAUACUUGACUUGUUAGAGUAUACUUAAUUCCAAAAGUUUUUUGCAAUUUAAGACAAACUGAUUGGGCCCAGCGUUCGGAGGGAAGGAUUGAAAGAUGUUGUUUCAGGCAAAAAGUAUUUUUUAUUUUUAUUUUUUUAAGAAAUGUAUAUGUUUAUUCAGCACUGGUCAAUUACAUUAAUCAAUAGUUGUAGUAAACAUAUAUAUUAUGAAAGAUUUCUGUUUUAAUUUAUUUUUUUUUGUAACUUUCAAUAGAACUUUAGUUUACCUGACAGUGCAUGAACUGAAAAAAAUGUAGGCCUAUACCUUACAUUUAUGGUCACUUUGUAAAAAAAUAUCUGCCAACGGCAUAAACGUUCUGUCACUCAGACCACUGAGAAUUUAUUUAUCACUGUGAUGACUUUUAUUCCAGACUGUAGGUGAUGGUGAAAUCCUGUCUGCGGUCAUGUCUUCCGCUGAGCCCCCUGUAACCACAAAUUAAACUAAUGGUUUGGUAGGUGGUUUCUUGUCUUCUUCAGUAACACUACCAUCGAAGUCCAGUCAGUGAAGUUGAUUUUUAAGUUACUGAAUUAUCUUGCACUCCUAAAAAUAAAGGUUCUUUUGGAGUUUUGUGAAGAACCUUUAACAUCCAUGGAACAUUAUAAACCUUAAAAAGGUUCUUUAUAGUGGAAAAUGUUCUUCAAUCUAAGAGUGUGUUCAACUUCCAGAGGAACUCUGGUGUGCUUCGACUGAAAUAUGAACACAACAUGGACCAAAGACACCCAAAUGAACCAAAAACUGGAAGUGAUAUCACAAGAUGCAACCCUAAAAAGGACUACAUCGCCAAUCACAGUUCGGUACAUGUGUCGGAAAUGUUGUCUUCCCCAACAGAUCUUUGUUUGUGUGUGAUGGAGGGAUUCCUGCCACUGUUUUGACUCCUUUACACAUUUUAUAAGCUCUUCAGGAGUUCUCAGAUGGUCAAUAUACCAUCAUAUGUACACACAUACAAAGAGUGCGUUUAGCCAAAACACAGCAUUGUUUUGUAUGUUCAUUAAGUUCUGUCGCAAUAUACUUUUUGUGUGCGUCUUUAGGUUCGGCCUUAAAAAUGACCGGCAAAGCAAGCCAGGAAUAAAUAUAAAUUGGUUCUGGACUAAAAGAUCUAAGAGAACUGACAAGUGUGAACACAUCCUAAGAAAAAAGUGGUUAUUUUAAGAACUGUUCACCGAAAGGUUCUUUGGGAAACCCAAAAUGGUUCUUCUAUGGCAUCGCUGCAAAACCCCCCUUUUGGAAUCUAUAUUUUUAAGAGUAUAGAGAGAUUAGUCUAUAGGUGCGGUAAUGUUAGUGAAAUUUUGUUGGAAAAGAGGUCCAUCAUCUACUGUCGAUAGUGUAGACAGCUCAUGCAGAAGUCACUUUCAAAAGAAGCAGCUUUCUGUUGGUCAGUGUGGCAAAUUCGCUCUCGAUAUUGACUCCUAAUAUUCGCUGAGCCGAUGUGACUGCAUAUUAAAGCCUAACCAAAAGAAUAGUCCGUUAUAGCAUAUAAAACAAUUGACUUUGGUAGAAUUAAAAACAUUAAACGCCAAUGAAAUGGGGAUGAAACAACAAGAUUAUUAGUAUCACAGCAUUUAUUCCAGUCUGUGGGUAAACGAGUGAACAGCUCAGUCAUGUCUUCCACUGGCACAUAUGUUACCAGAAGUGUGUAGCAGGUAGGCGGUUUCCUCCUCUGAUAUUAAUACUAUCAUCCAGGACGGUCAGAUCAGAUUGGCCAGUCGACAUGAACAAGGCGAUGCUGAUUUUCACAGUUGGUGUUUUCGGGGUGAUUUUAGGGUCCUUCGGUGUGUUUGCCGGUAAUUUUUUUUCUCUUUCUCUCUCUGUGAACGAGGUUACAUGACUUGAGCUAUGGUGUGAAAUAAAGUGAGUGAAAAGUUAAAGCUAGUGCAAAUGUGGUUUUGGAGCUUUACCCCUGUAGCUCUGCCACAGAACCGAGUGGUUUUGUGUUCAUGUUGCUAUGUGGGAGAAUGAAAAAAAAGAAAACUUUACUGAAACAUUCACUCAAUGUGAAGUAUGAAAUAUGAAUUAAUCGUAGCGAUUAAUUUGUGUUCAUGUACAGAUGGACCUCCAGCGACUUGUUGCCUCGAGCUAAGAUCCAGCAGAGUGUCUUUGGAGAGAGUUAAGAACUACAGAAUACAAACUAAAGGACUGUGUCCCAUAAAAGCAGUUGUGAUCCAGACUGUAUCUGGGAAAAGUCUCUGUUCUGAUCCUAACAGUAACUGGACACAGAGGGCCAUGCGGAAGGUGGAUAAAGAGAGAGAGCAGGAUCCUGUACCUACAGAAGCAGCAUCAGCGGACGGGAGCAGAGGACGGGCAGAUCCUGUCACAACAACUGAGCUGCCAUUGAAAAGAAGGCGGAAUAGAGUAAAACCAAGACAAAAGAGUAAAAAAGAAAAGUCAAAGACAAGCACAAAAGCCCAUAAGGGUCCCAAAGAAAAGAGAUCAGAAAGAGGCGAUGUAAAAGGAAAGAACAAGAAGGGAAAAAACUGAGGAAAAUAUUGUGCUAAAACAACAUAAUUUUGUCUGUCAUUUGUCUUUGACUUUUUUUUUUUUUCAGAAUUGCAUGAUAUAAAUUCGCAAAUUGCGAGUUAUAAAGUCAGAAUUGCGAAUUAUAAACUCAUAUUUGUAAGAAAAUGUCAGAAUUGUGGGAUAUAAACUCACAAUAGAGUGGUGCAGGGAUGACGUCAGAUCCUGGAAGUCUAAUUCACCGCUGAAGAUUUUCCUAUGAGGUUUUAUGAUGGUGUUUUUCAGUUUAUGAGUAAAAUAAAGCCUGUAAAAUAAAGCCUGUACUUUGACGUUUUGUUGUACAGCGUACACUGCACACACUCACAACUGUCUUAUCUAGUUACUUAUUAAAAAUUAACGUUUUCAAAAAUGAACAUAACUGCUUCAAAUUCACGUUUUUGGAAUGGGUGUGUGUCAUUUAAGUUGUAGAACAAAACAUCAAAGUAUACUCAAAAGUUAUGUUUACUACAGGCUUUAUUCUACAGAUAAAUUGAAAAACCGCAUAGGAAAAUCUCGAAGGAACCAGCGGUGAAUUAGUCUUCCGGUUCUGGCAUCAUCCCUGCACCACUCUAUUGUGAGGAAAAAGGUCAGAAGUUUGAGUUUAUCUUGAGUUAUCUUGCAAUUCUGAGAAAAAUAGUCAGAAUUGUGAGAUAAAAAGUCACAAUUAUGUUUUAAAUUUCUGAUUUCAUGUCAGAAACAAGCUUUUAUAUGCAGUUUAUUUUUUAUUAUUAUUACUAUUUUAAUAAAAUAAAUUCUAUGUAUUUUUCAUAAAGUAGAAGCAAAAGAUUCUGUUUGCUAGUCAGAUCUGUAUGAAAAUUCCCAAAUGAAUGUUAAUGUUAAUGCUUAUAAUUGCUUUACUUUUUGGUAUAAACAAACCCUUUCAUAAUUCCUGGCAGCAAAAAUAUAAACUGGUUGAUUAAUCACAAAUAAAUAAAUUAUGUAAAAUGCAGAUGAUGUACAUAUGUUUUGAAAAAGUAUUCUGCUCAGACAGAGAUUGUGCUCAGUUUAGUUUGACUUUAUGGUGUAGAGGAAGAGGGAUUUAACCAUUGAUUGAUUGACUGAUGUUCUUUACUGUGGCUGAUGCUGUACUGGAUGGAUGGAUGGAUGGAUGGAUGGAUGGAUAAGUGGGUUUAGGUUACAGGAGAUGGCAGUAAUUUUAGAAACACUAUUAUAAUGAGUCAGCAAUAACCAUGAAAGUGUAAAGAGCACAUACAAAAAGAUGUAAACAAAAAUUUUGUCCUUUCAUAGUAAUAAAAUUAUUUUUUAUUAUUUUAA